AAAUAAGCUACAGACAUGUGAUGAGUAGGAUGAUAUACACACAUAUACGCCCAUAUAAAGGCAGCCAGGGUUGAUAAAUGAAUAAUUAGCAAGGUCAGGACAUGACUCAAGAAGAGUGGAUAGAUCGGCCUGUCCGGAAGCUAGAAUAAGUUUUGUGGGCUUAACAUAGUAACCGACUCUACAACUUAGUUAGUUUUUGAUUGAAGCAGAGUCUUGGCGCACCAGAUUAAAACUUUACAAUUGCAGGUUUGUCGUGUUAGAUUGUUUGUUCAUUUCACAAUCAUUAGCGUGGAAUUCAGUUUCAUUUAAAAUAAUCUCAAAAGUAAGCUUGAUGAAUUUCUUUAAGAUUCUCUGUAACAAUUUAUAUUCACUUCUGUCGUUUUUCAUCAUAAUCACUUUUUGUGCUGCUCAUGAAAUUUUAUUUGUUUUCAAAGUUGGCCAUUCUGUACAACGAAAACCUAAACCUGUUAAUGGUCGGACACAUCAUUGGAGGUGUUAUGUAGACAGCUGGAAUCCUCGUUAUCCUUUGUCAGCAUUUGUGAAGAAAGUCACUUUUAAACUACAUAAUACAUUUGAAAAUCCAAGACAAGGUGUCCGCUUGAGGUUGUUUUAUGUAUAUGUGUAUGUUUAUGUCGCCUAGUUCUAGUCACUCCGCAUAGAUAGGUGGGAAAUAUACUCUAUAUUUACGUUUUGAAGUCCUUAUUACCUCUUUGUGAUUAUUGUUUCUUGGCUUGUGGGCGCAAAGUUAGAUCUAAUCGUUCCACGUCUCAUGGUUAUCACAUUCUCACGACAAAUUUCCACUGCUUGCAAGUAUACUUAAUAACCAAAGCAUUUUCAUCAGUAGUGAAAUAUGAAGUUUGAUCUAUUGGGAGAACUAAACUUUCAGUAUUCGGUUAUGAGUGUCUUUGAAUCAACUUUUACGUACUUUGGUGCUAGCAAAAUAUCAAUGACAAGGCUGCAAGUAGAGUUUCAAUGAAGAGGAGCCAAUUAAUGUAAUUGCGAAUUGUCAGUGACUAAAUCAUCUGAGAUAUUUAUCCGCAUCCGACCAUCGGUUAUCUCGAUUUACAAUAUCGAAAGUUUUAAUAAUGGACUAGUGAAGGUCAGUCCAAGUUAUCUCAUCAUUCUAUAAAACUAAUGACUUCAGAUCUGAACGCUAACGAGUCAGUCAUUUAAUAUUUAAAAAGUCAAUGGUCUAAGGCUUUAAGUGAUAUAGCUCAAAAUAGGUUGUAAAUUCACUUGUUUUACAUCUUGAACAUAUUAUUUUCUGUUUAUUUAUUUGUCAUUCGCUUCUCCGUAUUAAUGUUAAUAUAUUUCCCCUUUCCUGUUGUUUUUUGUUAUGCAUUAAAGUAUAUCUUUCCGAUUUGAUACACAACUGUUUCAAGCUCCGUCGUUUUCUAUUCGUCUGUUUGGACUGAGAAUUUAUAGAUGAGCCCUGAUACUCAUAGGUUUACUGAAUCCAGUUUUUCACAUGUUGAUACAGGUCCAUAGCUUGAUUCAUAUCUUUCCCUUGGUAUUAACAUGAUAAACUCAGAAGUUCAAUCAUACAUGAGCAGUGCUCGGAAGAUAUUGCAGAUUGUAAUCCGCUAUACAUACCAUACCCUCGGAAAAAAUAUCACUGUAUAGCUCGUCCCUUAAUAAAAAUAUAUAGUACUUAUUAGCUUGAAAAAUAGGGUUCUUAAUCCACACUAUCCCGUCAAUUAUUAUCGUCUUAUAAGAUCAUUUACACGUCUCAUUUGAAUGAAAAUAUCCUAAGGCUAGUUGGUCUUGACAUUUAAAUCAUUUCGUCUAUGUCAAUUCAUUUAGUUUGAUGAGUUUGUUGAACACAUUCAAUCGGUAGUUGAUUGCAAAAUAAUGUAUUUGAGUUCAUUAUUCAAUUGUUGUGAGAGUGUAGAAUAUAGUAUAUUGGUUUAGGAUAAUAUUCCUCACACCGUUGAUAUAUAAUAAAAUAAGCUCAGAUGACGUCCAGUUUUAUGAUUCUAAUUAUUUUAACACAAGAUUUCAUUGUGUUCAUGAUAAGCUUAAUUAUAUGCCGUUUUUUUAUAGUUGUGCGACAAGCUCCGUUCGCUAUAGAAGAAGAUGGUUUUGGAACAUUCCAGCUUCAGAUCGAAGUCGCAUUCCUUGACUGUGUCACCACAUUUUACUAUGAUUUAACACUUUUUGAUCAGAAUGCUUUACACACAUAUCGUACGAUACAAAUGGAUCCCGCUCCUGAAGAUUGGAGUAAACUCAUUCAACUUGGAGGGAUCGCUAUACCACGGACAUCAACUCAAUCUACUGUACAUGAGAUUGUUCAAUCUAUUCAGUCAUAUUCUGACUUAGAAUCACUUCAUCCAUUCUCAUUCUAUCCAGAAUUGGAACCAACUGCAAAAUCUGUUAGCAAAGAUAAAUCGACUGUUCAUACAAAUCAAAUAAAAGCGCAAAAUUAUCAGGAAUCCGAUGUAUACACAAACCCAAAAGUAUUAGACUACAGCUCAAAUUAUCAAACUUUACAUCAUGAGGAAUCAGUUAGAAAAUCACCGGAAAAGCAUAAUUUCUUAAUGGAUUCAAAUGUUAGGCAUAGUUUACCGGUAUCAUCUUCAUCCUCUUCGGAUCGAUUAAUGAUAAAUCAACAUCUACCACAAAAACAUAAAAAGAAAUUACAAUUAUUACAUGAAGCUCAAUUAUUAUUGGAAAAAGCACAACAGAGUAGAAAUUGGGCACCAGUAAUCUCUCCACCUCCACCACCACCUGUGGAACCACUUAUAACUGGAACUAUAAAUAGUCCUGAAGAUAUACCUUCACCAAAUCCAUCUACGUGGUCUUCACAAUUAAGUCCGUCAAGAUCAAGUCCACAUGACCCGACAGAUGUAUUCAAUCAUCAUCAACACCAUAUAUCCUAUGAAAAUAAAAAAUCUCCUGUUGCACAAUUUCAUGGAGAACCAGUCGUUGAUCCGCCAUUUAACAGAUCUCCAAGAUCGGACUCGGCUAGGUUAGUAUCUACGAUUGGCUCUAGUCAAGAUAGUUCUGGUCCUAAACAACGUAUUGUAUUAAAAUUAUCACGAUCAAGUUGUGGUAGUCAGUUGUCUGUUUCAUCUUCACAACCACUUGAAGAUGAAUCUAUGGAAAGAUCGGAAAGGAAAAAACGCAAAAAAGAAUCAAAGAAAGAACGUCGCAGUAAGAACUUGGGGAGCUCACCUACAAAACAUUCGUUUGAAAGUUAUAAUACUACUGUAGUGACUACUACUACUACUACCACUAAUACCACUACUGUUAAUACUUUGGAUAAAGAUAUAAUUAAUACUGUCGCAAACAAGAGUAAACAAUCUGUACAAAUAUUUCCUUCAGAAACAUCACCUUCAUUAUGUAAAAGAAAUUCACCAAAAAAGUAUUCAUCUCAUGAUACGUAUUCAAAUGAUUCAAGUCCUGAAUUAACAUAUAAUUCACGUAAAUCUACACUAAAUAAAAAUCCUAAAAUUUCUUGUGAUAACAAUAAUAACAAUAAUCUGAAAACAUUUGUAGAUACCGAUGAACACGAUGAUCUACUUAAAUAUAAUCAAAGAAAUUCAAGUAAAUAUUCAAAUCAACAAUGUUAUCAGCAUUAUUCUUCGGUUAAUAAUACACGACAGGAUACAAAUGAUACAUAUACAUCUGAUAUUGAUUCAUUAUGUGAUUCUAUUAGUCGAUCAACUCAUUCACACUUACUUCUUAUUGAUCAAAAAGAAGAUGAUUAUCAUGAUGAAUCUGGUAGAGAAACUCCAGUAGUGGAUUAUUUUGGUGAUGAAUUUCAACAACAACAUAGUCAGAAAGAUCAACAACAUUCAAAUGCAUUUUCAUCGUCAACAAUUGGAUCUUCAUUGAUAGUACGAAAUGUCAAAUAUUCUGAUGAAAUGUCUAUUGUUAAUAAUCAAAAUCCUAUCCAAUCAAUUAUUAACAAUGAUACUAGUAGUAAUAAUAGAUUAGAUGAUUCAGAAGAACCAUUAACACAUUCAGUUAUAGUUAAUACAAAUAGGGAAUUAUAUGAAGAAGAUUUUAAUGAUUUUGCAUCAUCAUCAAAAAGUUGUUCAACUUAUGAACAUUCUAAUGAUCAAGAUGAUAAGAAACGAAAUAAAUUCAAUAUAAAUGAAACACAACUAUCAUUAUUUCAUCAAAAUAAACAAUAUAAUAAUAAAAAUAAUAAUUUAGAUGAAAAAACCAAAUUAAAACAAUCAAAUAAUAAAUUAAAACAUAAAAAUUCUUCUAAUUCAUCAAUUAAACUAUCAUCUCAUAAAGGUAAGAACCAACUAGAUUUUGAAAGAUCCACUGACUCAACAAUCCGAGUACCACCACCAGUAAAACAGUUUAGAGUAUCAGAUCAUUCCAAUUCGAUGGAUAAUAACUGUCAGUCAAAAUCAUUUAGUAAUGUCGAAAGUCAUUCAGCAAAUGUAUAUAAUAGAAAAAAGCCAGGUGCGAAAAAAUUCAAAUCUCAUGAUAGCUCUUCUUCUUCUUCUUCAUCAUCAUCAUCCUCUUCAUCUUCAACAACAUCGUCAUCGUCAAAGCGACUGAAUAUACCUGCAGUUAAUCAUGCUACAUUGUAUGAAAAUUCACCAAUGAUUCAUAAAACAAAAGACAAUGAGUCGAAGAAUAUGGGUAAAUUUAAAACAAUUGAAAAGUCAUCAGAACAACGACAACAUUCAUCAAAUAAAAUGCUACCCAGCGAUCAUGAAAUAUCUAAAUCAAUGCCAGUUUCCGGUACACAUAAAUAUGCUUCGAAAGUUGUAUAUCCCACUGAGAAUAAUAAGCAAAAUAGUAAUGAACAAUUGAUAAUGAGAGAACAGUCAAAUCGAGGGUCUUCAAAUAGUUCCACUUCAUUCAACAAAGUUAGUAACAAUAGCAAUAACAUCGCAGCAUCAACAGUGUCGCGUAGCGAUAAAGACUUCAUUAAUACAGAAUUAUCAUCUUUAUCUUCGGAUUCACCAUGUGAUUCUUCAUCAUCCUCUGUCACUCCACCAAUGUUAUCUGAUGAAACUUUUCAUCUGAUAAAUGUAAACGAAUUUGAAUUCGAUGAAUCUCAAAAUGGUACUGUGAACAACUUAAAAUCAAGUGUAAUUAAGCCUGUUGUGACUUCAGCUUCUCUACUCUCGGUACGUGGAUCAGAAUCUGUUGUUGUACAGGAGACAAGCGAUACGAAUCCUACCAGUAAAGUAAUCUCAUCUGACAAUAAUAGUAACAAGCUGGAAAGAUGUAUAAAUGCCGAUCAUCAGGUGACUUCUGUAAACGUUGGGAAUGAUAAUUCAGAAUCCACAAAACCCAGCGAUUAUAAUUUGGAAGUUUUAUUCGAUAGAUUAAUUCGUUUACGUGAACCACAUCUGGCUAUUCGUAUGAGUGAAAUCCUGUUAUACUACAUAUCUGCGAAAUCACUUGAUCCUUCAGAACGUAAAAACAAGUCAAAUCUCAGUCUAUCCAAUAAUAAUAACAGUAGUAAUUUUAGCAAGGGUGUAAAAGUGGUACACGAUAACCCUAAAUUGAUUGCAUUUGACCUGCGUAAGUUACCUAAUUCAUGCAUUGAAAAAUUAACAGCCCUUAUUAAAGAAGAUGAAGAUAUAUUUCGAAAACACAAUCUUACAACUAUCAAAAUCAAAUGUAAAAAGUAGUAUAUGUAAUGCUAGAAGAUCUGUUCUCACUCAAGACGCUGGCCGUAAUGAUAACUUUCAUAAUCCCGAUAGGCGUUAUGAGUGUAGUGAUCACAGAGAUUCUUCAGGAUCUGGAGAUCCAUAGUAAUUGUUUGCUUUAUGUUUGUGAUAAUCCUUCAUCCUACAAUUUUUUUAGUUUUACCUCGACACUAAAACAAUUGUACAUGUAAAAGUGGUGCCACACUUUUUGUCUUGUACAUUAUGUUUCCAUAUAUACUAAAUUUCUACGUCUUUCUUGUCUUAUCAUUAUUUUGUGCACAGAUACGUGUUUUAGUUUAUUUGUUUUUCUGAAAACAAACUGUACAUAUACUCGAACUUUUCAAAGUUUAUUGAACUUUGCUACUCGUUUAACUUGCUCAAAAUACAUAUCAUUAAACGAUAUACAUUCGUAGAAUUUUGUGUUGUAUUUCUGAUUUUCUGCAAUUUUUCACACUUGAUGCCUUACAACACAGUCGUAGUGUAUACUUCAGUACACGAAGCUCCUUUGUUUUUUCAUAUAAGUUUCAUUUCGAG